CUCAUCAUAAAGGAGAAACAAACCAAAAGAAAAAAACUCGACAAACAGAUUAGACAAAUUUCUAAAUGUUGUCAUCUCCUCCGAGGUAGCUAGCUUGAGAUGAAUUUUUAAAUGGUGUCAUCUUCGUUUUGUUGAUUAAGCCAAGAAGCCAAAAAGAUCCGUUCCGCCUCUUCUGCUUUCAGCAGUCCAUUCUUUCCCAUUAUAUACAUUUUAGGUUUCCUAAUUUCCUUAUUCUGCUUCUUCUGGAAAGCAAAAAAGAAGAAGGGCACACACCAUCUGUUUGAAAUUAAGUUGCAGAAGUGCAAGAAGAAAAAUAACGCCAAGUGGGGCAAACAAAAAAAAUAUAUAUAUUACCAACUUGUAGGUACGUUUUAUAUGCAAAAAAUCUAAUCAAUCCUUUGGUGAAGAAGACAUGAUGAUGGAGAAGACACACAAGAAGAAGGGCGGCUGGCACUUCCUGGUUCUAUGUUUGUGUUUCUGUAUUGUUUCCGAGUUCGUGGAUGCGAGAGGGAUUGCGAAAAACGUUACCCAAAAGCUGGGGAGCAAUUCUCCACUUACAUUGGAAAUACAGCAGCAACUAGUCUCAAUGGAUAAUGGAUUAGUCAAAAUUACUUUAUCAAUUCCCGGUGGUAUGAUUACGGAAAUUAGUUACAAGGGCAUUCCUAAUCUUCUAGACAUCACCCAAAAAGAAUCUCAAAGGGGGUACUGGGAUAUCGUCUCGACCAGUUCAGGACAAGAUGAAGGACUUUUCCAUACGAUCGAAGGAUCAAGUUUCCAAGUGAUAGCACACAGUGUGGACAAAAUAGAGCUUUCCUUUAAGUCAAUUUAUUCUCCCUCAUCGGGUAACCCUUUGCCCUUAAAUAUUGAUAAAAGGUUUGUAAUGCAAUCGGGUCAAUCCGGAUUCUACUCCUAUGCUAUAUACGAAAGGUUGGAGGGCUGGCCAGCAUUGGAUAUUGCUGAAACCAGAAUAGCGUUCAAGCUUGAUCAGAAUCUAUUUCACUACAUGGCGAUUGCAGACGAUAAGCAAAGGUUCAUGCCUACAGCUCAAGAUCGUAUACGAGGUGAGCGUCUAGCAUAUCCAGAAGCUAUUAGGGUGGAUAAUCCAUCUCAAAAGGCUUCGACGGAGCAGGUUGACGAUAAAUAUCAAUACUCUCUGAACAAUAAGGAGAAUCAAGUGCAUGGUUGGGUUAGUACUGAUGAGAAAGUUGGGUUUUGGGUAAUAAUUCCCAGUUAUGAAUUCAAAACCGGUGGCCCAAUGAAGCAAGAACUUACUUCACAUGUUGGACCAACCUCCCUGGCGGUAUUUCACACUCGUCACUACGCCGGAACAACACUGAAAGGGCUAAGUUUUGAAGAUGGAGAACCUUGGAAAAAAGUGUUUGGACCUGUAUUUCUUUAUCUAAAUUCCGGUCCAAAUGAUGUUCAACCAUCUUCCCUUUGGAAUAAUGCAAAACAACAGUCUAUUAAAGAAAUCCAACAAUGGCCAUACAAUUUCCCAAUGUCGGUGGAUUUUCCUCAUGCUAAUCAAAGAGCCACAGUUUCUGGUCGUUUACAAGUCAAUGACAGGUUGUUGCAAAAUGGAAAUUUCCCAGCCAAAUCUGCUUAUGUGGGAUUAGCAGCCCCGGGAGCUCCAGGAUCAUGGCAAAUGGAUGCUAAGGGAUAUCAAUUUUGGACCCAAACCGAUGAGAUGGGUUCAUUCCUCAUAAGACAUGUCCGAGCGGGCACCUACAACUUGUAUGCUUGGGUUCCUGGGAUUUUUGGAGAUUACAGAUAUGAAAUGAAUGUCAUGGUCUCACCAGGAAAUGAAAUUAAUUUGGGAAAUCUUGUGUUCAAUCCUCCAAGAAACGGUCCAACGAUUUGGGAAAUCGGUAUUCCUGACCGAACAGCCGCAGAGUUCUAUGUGCCUGAUCCAGCUCCAGGGCUUAUAAACCCUUUAUACUUCAACAAGCCAGCUGAAAAGUAUAGGCAAUAUGGUUUAUGGGAUCGGUACACAGAUUUAUAUCCUCGGCAAGACCUAAUAUUCCAAAUCGGAUCAAGCGAUUAUCAAAAAGACUGGUUUUUUGCUCAUGUCAACAGGAGGACUUCAGAAAACACGUACAUACCCGCCACUUGGCAAAUUUCAUUUGACAUGAAGAAGGUCGUUCCUACUGCUACUUAUACUUUCCGAUUGGCUCUCGCUUCUGCCACCCGAGCCAAUAUUCAGGUCAGGGUUAAUGAUCCAAUGAGAAGAAUUCCUGAUUUUUCCACGACCCGAAUUGGGACGGAUAAUGCAAUUGCGAGACAUGGAAUCCAUGGGUUGUAUUGGGCAUUCAAUUUUGGCAUCCCCGGGAACAGGCUUGUAAGCGGAAAUAAUUCCAUAUUUCUAAGGCAGAGUGAAGGUGGAUACCCAUUCUUUGGGGCAAUGUAUGAUUAUCUUCGCCUUGAAGGACCGGUGAAAUAAAUUCAUGAGAGAUUAAGGCUCACUUAAUCACGCCACUUAUUGUGUACAGGAAAUUCUUUGGUAGAAAGAUCUAUGAUCCUCAUAAGGUUUUGGAAUUCGUCUAUAUAGAAUGACAUGCAUACAAUGAUACAUCUACACAACUAGUACUUCACAAAUGUUUUUUUGAAAUUGUAAUUUUAUAGAGAUCAAAUAGUGAUAUCUUAUGGUAAUUAGUGUUUUUGGGUUGGGAAACUGAAUCCCAGUUAUACUGUAAGCUGUAAACAUCAUACAUUUAAUUAUUACUUCUUUUGGUUCAAGUAAUUUGCUAUCAAUAUUUCC